AUGAUUCCAUUCAUCCUUCCAUCCAUUAUUUGUAUUCUGUCCGUAUCGCCCUAUCUGAAACUAUCUAUCGCAGCGCUUCGCCCAGCCGGCGAGAAGAGAAGAGAGAAGAAAAAAGAGAAGAGAGGAGAGAAGACAAAAGAAGAGAAGGGAAGAGAGGAGAGAAGAGGGGAAGAGAGGAGAGGAGAGGAAAGGAGAGAAGAGGAGGUCAAAGCAGCGCCCUCUGGGAAACAGAAGUCUAGCAAUGCGAUUUGGCGCUGCUUAAGGCCGGGUGGACGUAAUAUAAAUCCACCUACACUUCACCUGUUUCUUCCCCUGUUCCUCCGCCACCUCCACAUCGUCGCCGCCGCCCCCCGUUCCCCACAUCUCUUCCGCCCGCUGCUCCCUCGCGUCCUCCUCCUCCUCCUGGCCGCCUCCUCCCGAGCUGAACCACCUGUUCCUCCGCCGCCGCCGCCGCCUGAGCGUCUCCUCGUCGGGCGGAGGAGGAGGAGGAGGAGGCCGCGGCGCGGCGCGGCGCGGGCGCCGCCGCCAGUCGCCGCCAUGCCGUGCCCGAGGCCGCCCCUGCUGCCGCUGCUCCUGCUGGCCCUGGCGCUGCUGCCGCUCGCGCUGCCCGCGGGCUACGUGCCCAAGUGGAAGAAGCAGGGAAUUACUCCAACUCACCAUAUGCAAUACAUCGGAAGACUUUUAGCAUCGCGCGUGACACAAAACGACGCUCUUGAGUUCGACGUGCAGGCGGAGGCCUUUGAGGUGUACGCGCGCGCGGCCGUGGGCUGGCUCGCGCCCAGCAUCGCCUUCCACGAGAACACGCGCUACUUCGCGCUGUCCGCCGUCCUCAGCCAGGACGACGUGUUCUUCGCCGUGCGCAAGGCCGAGAUGGUGCCCUUCGGGCUGGUGCUGCUGCUGCCCUUCUCGCGCCCCGCGUGGGCCGCCAUCGCCGGUGCGUUGGCCGUCCUCGCCGCUGUCUGCUUCUUGGUGCGUGCGUCGGGCCACGACGGGUUCUACGGGGAGCUGUGCAACAAGUGCAUCGCGCUGCCGGGCUGCCAGCACGGCUACUGCAACACCAGCUUCGAGUGCAUCUGCGACGAGGGCUGGGACGGCCUCUUCUGCUCCGAGCGUCAGUCCGAUUCUUUCUCUCUCUCUAACAUUCACAUUACGAGAAAACUAAUUCAAUCAUCACCGUUU